AUGGUAAAUGAGAAGGGGAAAAAGGAAGAGCAAGAGUAGAGGGCACUCGCAACUUUACAUCUGCGAUGGCGAGGAAUGUUGCAAAAGUUGUAUCUCACGGGUGAGACUUGAUCGAGAAAAGGCAGCGCACACAGAGGAAGAUAGAGUGCGAGAUAGAGGCCAAAGACGAAAGCAAGUGCACCACUCUCUCAGGGAAAGAGAGAGAGUGAGAGAGGAUAGGGGCCGGGGCCAGGACCAUUCUCAUUCCUUCCAUCAGUGGGUUCAUCUCAUUCCGUCUGUAUCGAGAGAGAGAGAGAGAGAGAGAGAGAGUUUGGUGUUAUCACUGGGGAUUCUGUCUUUUAUCAUUGUCUUGGAUGCUCUGGUUCUUGGCAUGCGAGAAGGGGGGACGGGCCCAAAGGAGAAUGGGGCGCCCCGAUUCUGUAGUGAUUUGAGUGACUCUGUGUUGUAGUUCUGGUGUUGGUGAGGCUCGAUUUUUGGGCGGAGUAAAGUGGUGCGCAAAGGCGAUCGUUUUUCUGAAGUUGGGGGCAGAUAGGCGCGAGCAAAUGGACUCCGUGGUGCUCGACGACAUCAUCAAUCGGCUCCUCGAGGUGCGUGGAACGCGGCCUGGGAAGCAGGUCCAGCUUUCGGAGAACGAGAUCCGGCAGCUAUGUGUCGUCUCCAGAGAAAUUUUCAUGCAGCAGCCCAAUCUACUGGAGCUUGAAGCUCCCAUCAAAAUCUGCGGUGAUAUCCAUGGUCAAUAUUCUGACCUAUUGAGACUUUUUGAGUAUGGUGGAUUGCCUCCCCAAGCAAAUUACUUGUUUUUAGGGGAUUAUGUUGAUCGAGGAAAGCAAAGCUUGGAGACAAUAUGUCUCCUCCUUGCAUAUAAGAUCAAGUACCCAGAGAACUUCUUUCUUUUAAGGGGUAACCAUGAAUGUGCUUCUAUUAACCGAAUAUAUGGAUUUUAUGAUGAGUGCAAAAGGAGGUUUAAUGUGCGGUUGUGGAAAGUCUUCACAGACUGUUUUAACUGCCUGCCUGUGGCAGCUCUGAUUGAUGAAAAAAUUCUUUGCAUGCAUGGUGGUCUUUCUCCUGAUCUCAAUAAUCUAGACCAGAUUAGAAAUUUAAGUCGUCCCACUGAUGUUCCAGACACUGGUUUGCUUUGUGAUCUCUUAUGGUCUGAUCCAAGUAAAGAUGUUCAGGGAUGGGGAAUGAAUGACAGAGGGGUUUCCUAUACCUUUGGUCCUGAUAAGGUUUCAGAGUUUCUGCAGAAGCAUGAUCUAGAUCUUAUCUGCCGUGCUCACCAGGUUGUAGAGGAUGGAUAUGAAUUUUUUGCUGACAGACAGCUAGUAACAAUAUUCUCCGCACCCAAUUAUUGUGGUGAAUUUGAUAAUGCUGGCGCUAUGAUGAGUGUGGAUGACACUCUGAUGUGCUCUUUUCAAAUACUAAAACCUGCAGAGAAAAAACCAAAAUUUGCUUACGGGAACUCAAACACUACUACUAAGCCUGGAACACCAUCUGCUGGAAUGAAGUCUUUCUUGGGAGCGAAAGUAUGAGUGUGAGAUUUCGGUGACCUUGUGCACAUCAAAUGGGCCUCGAUCCUGGGCGUUCUCUCAAUUCGACUAAAUGACAAGACUUGAUUUCUGCAGAAGCAGAUGCCUUUUGAUUUGUUAUAAAAUAUUCAGAAGAUAUUGCGGUGGAAUGUUGGCAAUGCAUAUAGGAGCACUCUGAUUUCCAUGUACAUUAGCUGUUGAAUAUUGCUGUGUGCUUUGUAGACAGUUUUCUUUUUUUGGUGUUAGACUUGCGAUUUUAGCCACGAGGUGUAUGUAGGAUUUCCACACCAACGAUAUCAUGGUUGAUAAAGUUGUGCAUCACUCUGACGAGUCUGACCCCAUGGAUGGUUACUAGGCAAUGUGGUAACAGAAAAGAUUUUAAAGCUGGAUCUGGCCAGCGUCCACAUUUACUGCUUUCAUGUUACAGGAUCACAAAAAUGGUUUCAAUUUCAUAUGCGCACUGCAACUUUUGCUUA